AUGGCAGACCCACCAGGGGUCCCAGAGUUUCCAUUGGGAGCUGACCAGCAGCAUGGAGGAUAUCCAGUUCAUCCUCCACACCCUCCACGACAAAUCGGAGCUGCUGACACUCCGACUUCUCAUGUCAACCGCCACGGAAUCACCCCACCACCAGUCCCCUUUAACUUUGAAAUCAAGACCAGCUUGAUCUCAUUGGUGGAGAGUUCAGUGUUUCAUGGCAUGAAGGAUGAGGAUCCAUUGAAGCAUCUUGACAAGUUUGACAGAAUUUGUUCUUUGCAGCAACUCAAUGGAGUUUCUGAAGAUGGUUUCAAGUUAAGGCUUUUCCCUUUCUCUCUAGAGGAUAAAGCUCUCACUUGGGAAGCAUCUCUGCCUGCUGGAUCAGUCACCACUUGGGCACAGUGCAAGCAAUCUUUCUUGGCUAAGUUCUUUCCAACCUCAAGAACAGCACAACUGCGCAAUGAUAUCUCCGGUUUCACGCAAAUGCAUGGAGAAACUUUCUGUGAGGCAUAUGAGCGCUUCAAGGGCUACCAGAUGCAGUGUCCUCACCAUGGUUUCUCUAAAGAGAAUCUACUGAGUACCUUGUACAGAGGAACAUUACCCAAAUACAGAAUGCAUCUUGAUUCAGCAAGCAAUGGUUACUUCAUGGGUAAAGAUGUUGAUGCUGGAUUGAUUUUAGUUGAGAACGUUGCCACUAGUGAUGGAAGCUAUGGUGAAGAUUGUGACAGAGCUGAGAGAGGCAGUCUUGCUCAAGAAGAGAAUCACAAGAAGGAACUCAAGACUCUCAAUGAUAAGCUUGACAAGCUACUGUCAGGUCAGAAAAAGCAAGUGCACUUCAUUAAUGGUGAGGAGAUUCAAGAGAAAAAGCUCAACUAUGUGGACAGCCAAGAUGGAAACCAAUGGGUCUAUUACAAGCACGGUUUUUCUCCACAAGAUCUUGGGUCUACUCAAGCUCAAGGAAGCCACAAUUCUGGUCAAGAGGCAGAGAUGAAGACCAUAUUGCAACAGAUAAUCCAAGGACAAGCUAAUAGUGCCUUAGAGUUGAACAAGAGGAUGGUUGAGAUUCACAAUAAGGUUGAUUGCUCAUACAAUGAUCUAAACAACAAGUUUGAGUCUCUAACUACCAAAGUGCUUACCUUGGAAGCUAAAGUUGGUGGUUCUUCAUCAUCAAGUACAAAGGAGUAUUGUCAUGCAGUUUUCUCUACUAAAGAUGGUGUGGCUGAGACUGAAGAGAAUGAGAGAGCUAUAGAAGAACUUUACAGGCUCCUUCAUGGUACAAGUGUUGAGAUUUCAGUGAAUGAGAGACUUCUCAAGCUGAAAAACGAAAUGCCAAGGAGGAAGCCUCAAAGAUUGUUGCAAGAGAAGAAACCAUCAAGGAAUGAUAUGAGCAAUAUUGGUGUUCAUCUACCCAACAUAGGCAAUAUGCAAGAAGCUCACCUCCAAAUAGAGCUGAUUAGAGAUGUUCUUGUGAACAAAGAGAGAGUGGCAGCGCUUCUUGAGCUCUCUACACCCCCAGAUCCUGCCCAUAUCACGCCAACCUCCAUUCCCAAGCUUGAGAAACAAGGGAAGUUCACAUUGCCUUGCACCCUUGGAGAUUUGAAGCUUGAUGAUGCUCUUGUGGAUUCUGGAGCAAGUGUGAAUCUGAUAUCACUUGCCAUGGUUAAGCAACUGGGUAUAAAGAGCAUGACGCCUCCUACAUCUUCUAUCAUGUUUGGAGAUGCCUCUUCUAAGUCUCCACUUGGUCUAAUCAAGGAUUACCCUUUAAAGAUAGGAGACUGCAAGGUUCCAACUGAUCUGACUGUUUUGGGUAUGUAUGGAGAUAAGGAAGGUACCAUUGAUCCUUGGAACACCAUUCCUUACAACUGUUGGAGCCUCAAUUGA